UCAGUAUAGCGUAUUUACAUAUUAUCAGAUUCGCUCCCUUACCGAAUGACUGAUAAGCCAGCGGCUGAAUAUUACGAUGUAGGUAGACUUUUCCAACAGAACAAUUAAGUUAUCUUUUAUAAUGAAUUUCUUACAGUUGGCCAAGAGUUUCUUCAGCCUACAGAAGGUGUAAAUAUACGGCGGCAGAAUGCUGCAGGCUUCAGGAAGUUGUAUAUUUGAAUCGAUUCAACGCGGUGAGGUCGAUCGAGUUUCCUAUUUAUUACAGCAGGAUCGGGGUGUUUUGAAACAAAAAGGUUGGGGAGGUUUCACAGCCCUUCACUUUGCCGCUCUCCAUGGAAACCGGCCAAUGGCUGAGCUUCUGCUGAACAGCGGUGCUGAUCCAAACAUUCCCUGUGAUGCAGGACAAACUCCUUUUCACUUUGCUUGCAGAAAUGGCAAUAUUUAUAUCAUGCACAAAAUGAUGCAGCAGGGUGCAGACUUACACAUAGUAGACGAGCAAGGGAAAACAUGUCUUCAUCAUGCAGUCGGUGGUGGAAGCGUUAUUGCCACGCAGUACCUGUGGGAGACUGGAAUGUUCCGUUUCACAGAUGCCGAUAACUAUAAGAUCACUCCUCUGCAUUUGGCAGCUUCCACAGGCAAUUCUGACGUAGUCCGCUAUCUCCUUAGAGCAAAUAGAUGCAUGCCAGAGGCAGUUGACCACCAGGGGGCGACAGCACUUCAUGUGGCUGCAGGGAAAGGCAUGAUUGAGGUGUGCUGGCUACUGUUGAAGAGUGCCGGACUCCACAUUUUACACAUGAAAAACCACAAUGGCCUCACACCUCUAGACCUCUGUAAUCAAGGGAAUACAUUUAGACAUAAGAAGCUCUCCAGGAUUUUGACGCAAUUCAGUCAACGACCAAAAGAUCUCAUUCCUAAGGACUCAUAUGUGAUGUACUUCUGGAUGCUGCUGUUACCGUCUCUCAGCGGGGCUGCGGUUCUCAUUAUAGCUGCAGCUCUUGGUGAAUAUGGGGCUAUCUUCUCUGCAGUGCUAUUCCCCUGUAUGGCAAAAUUCAUUCUUUCUCAAUAUCAUAGACUGAGCAGCUUUCAAAGGUUACCAAACCCUGUCUACCUGGGAACACUGACUGCGAGCCUGAUUCAUUCCAUAGCUUGCUUUCUCUAUAAAAUUUUACCUAGUUUUUGGCCAGCUUAUACCCUCUUAAAUGUCUCACUUGUCCAUUUAUGUAUACUCGCUGGACUUUUUUGGAAAGUUUUAAAGCAGAGCCCAGGACAACUCAAAGAAGCUGACACUGAUUCCAAGUUUUCCAGCAUAGGAGACUUAGUAGAAGCUGGAAAGAGCCCGGACAAAUUCUGUAUUUACUGUGAGCUGAUCCAAGUGGACAACUGUAAACACUGCCGUUUGUGUGACAUGUGCAUCCAAGACUACGACCACCACUGCCUCUUCAUCAAUAAAUGUGUGGGACGGGACAACCACCGCACCUUUAUUCUUUUCAUCAUGUCUAUGGUAAUGGCUCACCUCAUCUUCAUUCUCAGUGCCGCUUACUACCUCCAUCUGAAACUCUCAGGCUUGCAGCUUUCUGACUGGGGCUCAGUGACGGGAAAAGAGGCCUGGGUCCUCCUGCUGACUCUGCUCAACUUCCUCUCUCUGAUCUGGGUGGGAUGGUUGCUAGUUGAGCAGCUUGAUGCCAUUUCCAGGGGAACCACCACCUACUUUAGGCGAUACAACCACAAAGGGCCUUCUAAAAGACAGCGGUUGGCAACAGUCCUCUCUUUUCUGGUGGAAGGGAUAAGAAGACAGGAGUACAGUCAGUCUUUUAACAUAUAGAGACUUUGAAGACAUUUUGAAAUUACAAAGCAACAUCACAGUUAAGUCUCUUAUUGUUAUUUAUCCAGCUUGUUCUUCUACACGGAAGUAAGCCUAUAGGUGAGACAACGUGCAGUAAAUGGUAAAACUGUUUGCAAUACAAACCAGUGUGCUCAUAAUUAAGAUAAUACAAUAAAAUAAUAUGGUAAGACCCACCAAUUUGCAAUGUCAAGCAGCAAAACAAGCUGUUUUGUACAGCUAAAAAUAGCUGGACAUGGAUGAGGCCCGGACCCAUAAAAUUUACAAAUAGCCACGCCGACUCUUACAGGAAGAAAAAGGUGCAUAAAGGCUGGAAUAUAUAAUAUAAUAUAAUGGAAUACAUCUGUCCAGACUUUGCUCUAGUUUACAGUCCAAAGGAGAUGCUAGUUGCCAAAAGUCAAAGCCAGUUUGCAGAUUUUGGACAGUUGAGGUUACAUAUUUGUGAAUGACAGGCACAGAUUUAGAUUUUCUAGUUUCAGACUAUAUCAUGAUUGAUAUUUGGGCUGAUUUUUGACCAUGUAUUGUUUUCAUUUCUCAUGCAUCUCCUAGCAAUGAGGUGUGUGUUUCUGCGAGAGUUUAUGUUUGAAAUGACUUGAAACAGGGUUUCUUAAGGUUCUUAAAAAGUCGUACAUUUAGUUGUAUCAAAUAUAAGGCUAUAAAAAGUCUUGAAUGAUAUAAGAAAGUCUUAAUUAUGAUUUCAAGAGGUCUUAAAUUUGGGGACAGAAAGACUAGAAUUGCGAUAUGGCUGUAUAUAAGUGCUGUACAUUUCAAAGUCACGUGCUGUGCUGCUUUGUGUAUGAAACACUAUAUUUCUGCCACUCCAAAAGCACCACCUACUGACAGAGAAUGAAUUUGCAUUUUCAAUGAGCUGAUGUUUUUGUUCAGACCAAUGAAAAUCAGUUCGUUUUUACGCUGCAAACACACAGUUGUAAAUAUGAACUGGUGGAUCGACAAGAAGAUAAUGCACUAUAAAAUCAGACCAUAAAAUAUAUUUUUUAUUUAAUUAUUAUUAUGAUUGAUAAUAAUUGUUUAAUUUAACUGAUACUUUUGACAUUUUCUUCAUUUUAUAAAAUUUUAGUUUUUUGAAAAACUGUAUCUGAACUGUAACUCAUGCUUUUAGAAUUUUAUGCUAACAUAGACAUUCCCCUACCAUGCUCAUAUGGUAUUUUAUUCGUGGAGGUCUUAAAACAUCUUAAAUUUGAGCUGUGAAAUAAUGAUUCUUAGUCACCUGUAACUGUUACCUGUAUUGUUAAUUUUUUAUGUAUUUAUUUUUUUUAUAGGAAACAUUUUAAAUAAAAGUCUUUCAGUGUAAAUUUA